UUCCCUUCAUUUCGUUAUCUUCUUCGUUUCGUUAUAACCCUAGCUGGGAACAAAUACCAUCUCUCGUCCAUUGUCUGCGUCUCACUCAUCCUCUCCCUUCUCUUACAUUGUUCAUUUCUCAACUCUUUCUCUCUUUUCUUCCAAACCCUAAUCUGGAUUAGCCUCUCAUCGGAUUUCAAUUCUCACGGUCUUCACCGACCGCCAGAUCUCUUAGCACCGCUCUUCUUUUCAUCGAUUAAAUAACAAAAAAUUGGCUUAAUUUUAUUCUAACAUCCUAAGCAAAAACUAACGUUUUCACCCGAUUUUAACAUUCGAGAGAAGAGUUAGUUUAUUUUAUUGUAUUUUUUUAUUAAGUUACUGUUUCUAUUUAAAUCGAUAAACGGCGAGGUCGAGCGUUAGAAUUCGAAAUCCGGAGAAAAAAAAUUACAGGUAUUAUUAUCAGGGGAAUCGCGUGGAAGCGUUGUUGAGGAGAGUGUUGUGUUUGAUCUGAGGAAGAAGAAAGAAAAAAAAUAAUGGUGGGAGGUGGAAGCAGGAGGGAUGAAGGGUCGUUGGUGUUGAACAACACGAACGUGUUUGCAGCGCUGGAUACUCUGAAGAAGAAGAAGAAGUCCGAUAAGGAGAAGAAGAGCAAGGGCUCGUCGACGAAAUCGCAGGCCCAGUCCGCGAAGGCUGAGGCCCCAGUGUUUUGGGCCCCGGCGCCGCUGAACGCCAAGUCCUGGGCCGACGUCGACGACGAGGACGACGACGAUUACUACGCCACCACGGCGCCGCCCCAAUCGGUGUGGGGCGUUUCUGAACCUCAUCACAGUAAGGAGGACAAACAUGGGAAUUUUGAGGAAAGUGAGAGUGAGGAAGAUAUUUUGGAUGAAGGGGAUGAUGAGGUUGAGGAAGAGCAUGAUCAUGAACCAGAAGAAUCUUUGAAACCUGAACAUGAGGUUAAGAAGGAUACUGAAGUCCCUUUGCCGCCACCAAAGGAGACAGAAAGGCAGCUCUCUAAAAAGGAAAGGAAGAAGAAGGAACUUGCAGAACUUGAGGCUCUUCUAGCUGAUUUUGGAGUGGCGCCAAAACAAAGUAACGAUGGUCAAGAUGAGUCUCAAGGUGCUCAGGAUAAGAAAGGUGUUGAGACUGAUGGAGAUGGAGAAAAGAAAGAAAAUGUCCCUGCAGAAUCCAAAACUUCCAAGAAGAAGAAGAAGAAGGAUAAAGCUUCCAAGGAGGUGAAAGAAUCUCAAGAUCAACCCAACAGUUCAGACACAAACAAUGGGCCUGAUUUGGCCACAGGCGCUGAAAAUGUGGAGGAUACAUCUACUGUUGAUGUGAAAGAGCGUCUCAAGAAAGUUGCUUCUACAAAGAAGAAGAAGUCCAGUAAAGAAAUGGAUGCUGCUGCAAGAGCUGCUGCUCAAGAGGCUGCUGCAAGGAGUGCAAGGCUUGCUGCUGCAAAAAAAAAAGAGAAGAACCAUUAUAACCAGCAACCCGUCCGGUAAAAGAACCCUGCUCCUUAACAUCAAUACAGGAAUUUGUAUUUCUUGUUCAUAUGUUGAUGCCGAAUAAACAGUGGUCUUUAGGUUCUGGUGAGAAUGGUGAUGAUUCUGGUCGUAUUACUGUGGACCUGGGAAAUUUUUCAUGUAGUUUUUUUUUGGGAAUUAGACAAUUAGUGUUGUUCAAUUGUUCUGGACUUGCUAUUUUGGCAGAGAAAAUUUUAGCUUUAAACAUUACCGGAACUACAUAGUUGUGUAUUGUAGUUCUUAUAUCUCUUUGUGGCUGAUCAGUGAUCAAUUAGUUCUGACUGAGAGUGUUUAUAUUUAACUAUAGAAA